GAGAGAAAAAGUUAUUGAUAGCGUGGCUAAGUGAGAGCAACUAAAUUUAACGCCUGCAGUUCCGCGGCUAGGGUCAGGGGCGAACACCAGCCAAUCAAUCCAGCGCAGAUUGCCCAUUGGCAGCAAUCAGGCACAACCACAGGACCCUCACGCCUUCUUUCCAUGGUUGCCAAUAUUAUCCACCAAUUGGUGUUGGUAACCACCGCCAUUGUUGCUGGCUAUGCUGCCAUUGUCUUGUUCUUGAGCUUUCCAGCCCCGCAACGUUGGGCUGUCUAUCUCCAUUGGAUAAACUUUCCCUUCUUCACCGAUUUUGAUACACCCGAGUACUUUGGAUUUGGCCAUAACAAGGUUCGAAACAUUCAUAUAUCAGCAGAGGAUGGAACCAGUAUCGGAGCUUGGCACUUUUUGCCGUCGCAUUACUACAUGGGCCAACAACUUCGCUACCGGUCAAAAGACAGGAUGCAGGAUGCCAUAUAUGACCUGGCUCUUGGUAACCCUGACUACGAAACCGUCAUUUACUUCCAUGGCAAUGCUGGCAACAGAGCUGCUCCUUGGCGUGUAGACUUGUACAAGAAAAUUGGGGAUAAAUUUCCCAACGUCAACGUUAUCGCUAUAGAUUACCGAGGAUUUGGAAAUUCGGACGGUACACCUUCAGAAGAAGGCCUCCGUAUGGAUGCUAGAGCAACAUGGGAUUGGCUACGACAACGUGGAGUACCAAACGAUAAAAUCUCAAUUAUCGGUCAUUCGCUCGGAACGGGUAUUGCCACGUCGCUUGCAUAUGAGCUAUCGAGAAAUGGCAAUCCUCCCAAGGCACUGAUCUUGAAAGCAGCCUACAGCUCCCUUCCCACUCUUCUCUUCGAGUACCGUGCUCUCAAAUACAUCCCAUUUUUUGCUCCCAUCAAGCUAUUUCCUCCCGUCCAAAAAUGGCUGAAGAGCAGAAUGGUUCAUCAAUUUGAUUCCUUGUCUAGAAUUCAGUACGUAGACUGUCCAAUUCUUAUCAUUUACGGUGCUGUGGACUUUGAGAUUCCUGGGCACAACUCUCAGAAAUUAUUCCAUCGUGCUAUUUAUGGACUGGAAGCAGAGGUCCUUUACAGUGACGAAUGGCUGGCCAACGACCCGAAUAUCAAAAACGUUACGAUCCCCAACGAAGUUUCUGUGUACCAACAUCACCGCAACCCUGAUGUCAAACUUGCUGUACUCACCUAUGCUCAUCACAACAACGUCGGCUACUUUGACUAUGUGUUUGAGGCCAUGGGACGCACCGCCAAGUGGGUAUUGCCAGGCGAGGUUCCGUUAGUGGAAGUGUAGAGUGGAGGUUUCGUGCAAGCUUGUAAUAUUACUUCUUUGUACACUAUUUAAAUGCUUCAUAUUUAUCUAUCAUCAGCAGCCGCGCUAACUGUGCAUUGAUGAUAUUCGAUUAUCUUUUUCAACUUCCUCUGUCUUUCUUUUGAUAAUAACAAGGCAAAACUACAGAAACAGAACAAAAUGGAACGGAACGGAACAGAACGAAUCAAUAAACAUCUACAUGUAUCAUAACCGUUAUAAACUUUUGUGAAGGGUUCAAUAAGCAAAAAAAAACAUGGCAAGACUUGGCACGGCUUAUGGUGCCUUGAUGGUUUGAGUCAGGGUAAAGAUCAUGGCACCCACACCUGCUGUGGCCAAGGUCAAGUCCAUGAUUUUCUGCCAGCGUUUAUGAGCAGCCACUUUGUAAUGGAACAAAGGUGGGAAGAUCAAACUCAAUGGCGAACUAGGAAGAGAGAGGGGUGAGCACACGAU